AUGCACAGAGGAGAGAAAGACACCGACGACGAGAAUGAGGCUUUUCUCCCGGUACCUCUCGCCCACGACGACUAUGUGUCACAGCCGUGCUCCCACUGCGUGCGUAAGAGGCGGACCUGGUCCGUGGUCUCGUGUCUGCGCAUCGUCGUCGAGCUGGCGAUGAUAGCGACCAUUGUAUUCUUACUGGCUUUCCGACCAUCAACAUUAGAAGCAGUGGACGAGGACCAGAGUCUGAAAAGGACUCCUGUACCCCAUUUUCCGAAGAAAGUAUACAAGUUCCACAAUGACCCCCGCUACACACGGGAGGACAUGUUCUUCAACGAGUCGGCUACGUUACACACACUCCACAAUUGGAUAGAGCUGAGCUCAACCAGCCGCGGCUACGUCGUCUUCCAACCCUCCUGGGACCGCUACGACCUCCCCAAACCCUACACCGUCGCCAUUGACCGCCAGCACGACGGCCCGGGCUACAUGGUGUCGCUCUUCCACCAGCUGCACUGUCUGUCCUAUCUCGCGGAGCACUUCCAGCAGGGCUACGGAGGCGUCAAGCUCGACGAGGAGGUUGCGCACCACUCGGCGCACUGCUUCAAUUACAUUCGCCAGGGCAUCAUGUGUGCGGCCGAUACGACGCUGGAGGGAGAGACGAAGGACGGUCCCGGGGAGGGGAGCGAGCAUGUCUGCAAGGAUUAUGAGAAGGUGUUGGAGUGGGCGAAUCAACAUGCGGCGUAUAGGUGGAGGGAGGGCUUGUUGCCUGGAGAGAGUAUCCUUUAG